CCACCAACAUGUGCCAUCAAACGAAAAUUUUCCCACAGAGUCACAGCGGCAGCAGGUCACAUAACUGGAGCUGGAACUGCAGCAGCAGUAGGCGCCUUCUGCUCUUGAUAAUGACCCUGGCUGCCCUAAUGCCGCUGCCACAGGCCCGCCACCUGCACGACCAGGUGGCUCUGGAUUACGCCUAUGACGAAGAUGCCUCCGGCUUAGCCCGAUCAGCGGCCGCCUCCAUCACUUCCUCCUCCUCCUCGUCAUCUUCAGCGGCAGAGAGUCUGCCGGCGUGGAAUGUCAACCCCUUCCACGGACUGGAGGCCAGCUUCGGUGAAGGCAGCUACGAUAAUGAUGUGAGCCUGAGCGAGAGCAGCUACGAGGAGAUCGCCCAAGUGGCCAUGAGGGCCGCCCGGCGGGAACUGCGCCGACAACGCACCCGCCACGCGCGCAGCCACAGCCUGCGUCUCUUCUCCAGCACCCCACAGGCGCCCGAAUGGGAGAACCCUUGCGGGGGCAUCUAUCAGCCGGACGAGAGCCUGCCCGCCGAGGCGGACAGCUCCAGCCAGGGACGAGUGAUAAAGAGAAAGCACCUGGUCGCCUUGCGGAACAUCACCAUGAGCGAGUACCAAUUCAUCCGCAGCAGCGCCAAACUGGAGUACGGCAACUACCAGCACUGGCAGCGCGAGUACAAGUUCCUGCCAAACAUGACGCGGCCCACAAAUGCGGUGAAGCUGAAGACCUGGUACCGCAACAUGCAGACCUUCGUGGGCAGCUUUUCGUACCUGGGGCGGGCACAGUACAAGUACCGCAAGGAGCAUCAGCAGAACCUCAACGCCGUCACACACGAGCUGCAUGAUCUGCUGGUCAGCGCGCGCAGCAUGCUCUGCGAGAUCGAAACGACCAUCAACGCCUCCUACCCGAACAGCAACGGGGCGAAAUUGAGCCGCGUCAGCCGGGCGGCGAUGCUGGAGCGAUUGCGAUUCCAUACGCCCCCCGACGGGAGCCAGGAGGCGGACGAGAGAGACCUCAAGGUCAGCAAGGAGCUCUACAUCCAGUACCUGGACAACGUAUGGAAGACACUUCGCCGGGCCCUGCGAAAGCAGCACCGCAACAGCCAGGAGCGGCGCCAACAAGUGGGAGCUGGAGCGGCGUCGGGUGUCGGAGCCGGACCUGGAGCAGGUUCUCUGCGGCAUUCCAGUUCUGAAAGCAUCGAGCUUGGUUCCUCCAAUGCGGCCAUGGUCAACGGAUCUGACUGCGCCGGCAGUGGGUCGGUGGAAUGCUGA